CCGCGGCCGCUGUCGGUGCCGGGGACCGCGGCUCCGCGCGCAGGCGGCGCCCGAGCCUCUGCCACUCCGUCAGCCCGCGCGCUUGGCGGUCUGCCGGGGCCGCCUCCCGCCUCGCGCUGCGGCCGCUGCAGGAGCCCCGCGCCGCUCUCCAGAUACUCAUGUGAGGAUAUUCAUGAACUUUCACUCUAAGUGUUUCCUUGGUAAAUGGUAUCCUGUCUACCUAGCAGCUAUAGAAAAUUGGGAGACACCUUGGAAUCUCCUCCUUCCUCAUGUUUCCACAUCUCAUGUUUCACCCCUUGCUGGGAAAACAACAAAAGAAGGAAAUAAAGGAGCCAUCUGUAAUUUACCCAGCUAAUCCUGUCUUGUCAAGAGACAGAUGACCAUAUCCAAAGGAGAAAAACUACAAGGAUCUGAGGAUAAGCCAGUGGGAAGCAAUACCUCUGGCUGUACAGCCAGCCUAGAAGAGUUUGACUUAUAGGUAAAAGGUUGUUUGGACACUUCAAUGUUUGCCUGCUUUUUCCUACUAUAACCUGAUUCAUGAAAUGGAAUGAAGCUGAAAAACCAUCUGCUUCCUCACCUGUGAGUCUAAGAGAAGAUUGGGAUGGUCUCAAAUGUGCAUAGCUAGACUCUAACUGCAGCAAUGAGUUCAGAAGAGAAGGGCAUAUCUCCUGCUCAUAAAACAUCCACUCCAACCCAUAGAAGUGCCUCCUCUUCAACGUCCUCUCAGAGGGACAGUAGGCAGAGUAUUCAUAUACUGGAGAGGACUGCUUCCUCUAGCACGGAGCCCUCUGUAAGUCGGCAAUUGUUAGAACCAGAGCCGGUUCCCCUUUCCAAGGAAGCUGACAGCUGGGAAAUUAUAGAAGGGCUAAAAAUAGGCCAAACUAAUGUCCAGAAACCAGACAAACAUGAGGGAUUUAUGCUGAAGAAAAGAAAAUGGCCUUUAAAAGGCUGGCACAAGCGUUUUUUUGUCCUGGAUAAUGGAAUGUUAAAGUAUUCAAAGGCACCACUUGAUAUUCAAAAAGGGAAGGUCCAUGGGAGCAUAGAUGUCGGACUGUCAGUCAUGUCAAUUAAAAAGAAAGCUCGGAGGAUAGACCUUGACACUGAAGAGCACAUCUAUCAUUUGAAGGUAAAAUCCCAGGACUGGUUUGAUGCUUGGGUCUCCAAACUGCGCCAUCACCGGUUAUACCGUCAGAAUGAAAUUGUGAGAUCGCCAAGAGAUGCUAGUUUUCACAUAUUUCCUGCAACCUCUACAGCUGAGUCUUCCCCAGCUGCUAAUGUUUCUGUUGUGGAUGGAAAGGUGCAGCCAAACAGCUUUCCAUGGCAGUCCCCUUUGCCAUGUAGCAAUAGCCUCCCUGCGACCUGCACGACUGGCCAAAGCAAAGUGGCAGCCUGGCUGCAGGACUCAGAAGAAAUGGACAGGUGUGCAGAAGAUCUUGCACAUUGCCAAUCAAACCUGGUGGAACUUAGCAAACUCCUGCAAAAUUUGGAGAUACUUCAGAGAACUCAGUCAGCACCUAACUUCACUGAUAUGCAGGAAGGGCCACCUGCGAAGGGCCAAUUGAGCACAACUCGGCGUCGGCAGAGGCUAGCAGCAGCAGUGGCUACAACAGUUCCCUUCAGUGCCACCAUGUCACCAGUUCGCCUGCAUUCCUCCAACCCCAAUCUCUGUGCAGAUAUUGAAUUUCAGACUCCCCCUAGCCACCUCACUGACCCACUGGAAAGUUCAACAGAUUAUACAAAGCUGCAAGAAGAAUUUUGUCUAAUUGCACAGAAAGUGCACUCUCUUUUGAAAUCUGCAUUCAAUAGCAUCGCUAUAGAGAAAGAAAAGCUGAAGCAGAUGGUUUCUGAGCAGGAUCGCAAUAAAGGCCAUAGCACGCAGAUGGCCCGGCUCCGGCAGUCACUGUCUCAGAGUGAAGGAGCCAGCAAAUCCUGGGCACUCAACCAGAAUGCUGAACUAAGGAGCCGACUGAACAGAAUACAUUCAGAGUCUAUUAUUUGUGAUCAGGUUGUCAGUGUAAAUAUUAUUCCUAGCCCAGAUGAGGAUGGUGACCAAAUCCAUGUCAGCCUUCCCUUGUCACAACAAGUAGCCAAUGAGAGCCGCCUCUCCAUGUCAGAGUCUGUGUCUGAGUUCUUUGAUGCCCAAGAGGUGCUUCUGUCUGCAAGUUCAUCAGAGAAUGAGGCAUCAGAUGAUGAGUCUUACAUCAGUGACGUGAGUGAUAACAUUUCUGAAGACAACACCAGUGUAGCAGACAGUGUUUCUCGGCAAAUCCUGAAUGGGGAGCUUACGGGAGGUGCCUUCCGGAAUGGCCGGCGCACAUGUCUGCCUGCGCCUUGCCCUGACACCAGUAACAUUAACCUGUGGAAUAUCCUGAGGAACAACAUUGGUAAAGACCUGUCAAAAGUCUCGAUGCCUGUGGAGCUCAACGAGCCGCUCAACACCCUGCAGCAUCUCUGUGAGGAGAUCGAGUACAGUGAGCUCCUGGACAAGGCUUCAGAGACUGAUGAUCCAUAUGAGCGCAUGGUUCUCGUUGCUGCAUUUGCAGUUUCAGGGUAUUGCUCUACGUAUUUCAGAGCAGGAAGUAAGCCAUUCAACCCAGUCCUUGGGGAGACUUACGAAUGCAUUAGAGAAGACAAGGGAUUCCGAUUUUUCUCAGAACAAGUUAGCCAUCAUCCACCCAUUUCUGCCUGCCACUGUGAAUCAAAGAAUUUUGUGUUUUGGCAAGAUAUCAGAUGGAAAAACAAGUUCUGGGGAAAGUCGAUGGAAAUCCUGCCUGUUGGAACAUUGAAUGUCAUGCUUCCAAAGUAUGGGGAUUACUAUGUGUGGAAUAAAGUCACCACAUGCAUACACAACAUCCUUAGUGGGAGAAGAUGGAUAGAGCAUUACGGAGAAAUAACCAUUAGAAAUACCAAAAGCAGCAUUUGCAUUUGCAAACUCACAUUUGUCAAGGUGAAUUACUGGAACUCCAACGUGAAUGAAGUACAGGGGGCCGUGAUGGACCAGGAGGGGAAGGUGGUGCACCGGCUGUUUGGGAAGUGGCACGAAGGACUCUAUUGUGGUGUGGCCCCCUCUGCAAAAUGCAUCUGGAGACCAGGUUCCAUGCCAACCAAUUAUGAACUCUAUUAUGGCUUCACAAGAUUUGCCAUUGAACUCAAUGAGUUAGAUCCAGUACUAAAAGAUCUCCUUCCACCAACAGAUGCCCGAUUCAGACCAGAUCAAAGAUUUUUGGAAGAAGGAAAUUUAGAAGCUGCAGCAGCAGAGAAGCAAAGAGUAGAGGAACUCCAGAGAUCUCGAAGACGAUACAUGGAAGAAAACAACCUUGAACAUAUACCAAAAUUUUUUAAAAAAGUUAUCGAUGCAAAUCAAAGAGAAGCCUGGGUUUCUAAUGACACCUAUUGGGAACUUCGAAAGGACCCUGGGUUUAGCAAAGUAGACAGCCCUGUUCUUUGGUAAACUGGAAAUGUAGAGCUAGCCAACAUAUCACACUCUGAAUGAAUAAAUAACUAUGCACAAUUAUGUUUCUUAUAGCUAUGUGUGGUUUCUGGGUCGACUGAAAACCUACCAUUUGCUUUUCUACUCAUCUUUAUAAUGGAUUUUCAAAAGUGCAUUAGACAAGGCCCCUAAACACUUUUGAGUCCUUUCUGUUUUGCUGCAACCAUUUUCCUUAAAAAACAAAUCCAUACCCUCUUUGGAAAGCAGAAGAAAAGGAACAGAAGAUAAAAUCCAAAGUCUGAAGCAUUUGUAAAGAAAAAUAAGCUAUAACUGGUGCUUAAAGCUGAUGAAGAUUUAAAAACAACAUAAAAACCACAUGUUUGGUCCGUUGUCUAGAGGCACCAUCCCCGUACUACAGGAGCUCGUGGGGCACAGCAGUCAGUUGGUUCAGACUUCAAGUGUUUUUGAUGUGGUGUGCUUGUGCUGGCCUCGUCAAAACAAGCGUGAUGCUUCCCAGAACCUGUUCCAUCUGUAUGCCAUUGUUCAUGCCUUAAGAAAUGCAAAGAUGUACAAUAAACCAUUUUUUAAAUUUGUGCUCAUAGGUUUAUGUGAAGGACAGAUCUUUUGAAUCAUGGCAUGAUUCACUUUCUCGAUCAGAACAAUGAUUCAAGUAACAUAAAUGGAUUAAAUAUGUGAACAACGUGUGCUUUACUUUGAUAAGUCAGUUACUACAUGGUAUAUCUGAAGGGCAAGAAGGACAAAUGUGUGAAGUAGAUCUCUGUAUUCAGAUUGCUCGUUAAGUUCCUGUCCUGCAUCAGAUAAUAAACCAUCCCUCUUCCAUCUCACCUCACAGUGUGCCCCAUUGUUUGGUAAAAUCUGUGUUUGAUUUGGACAUUUGUCAUCGGUGUUAAAACUACAGAAGAAAAUAACAAAAAACAUAUGGAAUUUCUGUGUGGGAUCGGUAGUGUAAGAACAGUCACUGUUUUUAAGUGAAGCACAAUGUAACACACAUCUCACCCCAUUAACACUUCAAAUUCCACUGAGAAAAGAAACAAGAAUGCUAGUAGCUUAUUUGCAUUGUUUAAAUGAAUCCUAUGCAAAAUCGUAUUUCUUAUUUUUAUCACGUAGUUCCAUAUGAUACAUGAGUACAUAUUAAGCAUUUACCUUGCUAGGAGCACUCUGAGAUACCAAAUUUAGGUGAAAGAAUUUAUCCAUCCCAAAAGGAAGGGUGGCAGGCAGAAAUGUGUUUUGUAUACUUGAGGAUUUGUUUUUCCUCCACUAAUAUACAGAAGCUUUUGUAGGAAACUUGCAUUGGUAUUCCUAAGUUUCUGCACGUAGAUGACUAUAUAAAUUCCUGUGGGUUUAAAAAAAAAUUCUCUAGAGAUUUUCUUAGUGAAUUAUAAAAUUACGUAUAUUUUCUUCUUGGAUUUUUAUUCUUAGAUUCUUACCAUCAGAAUUUAAGUAUUAUUUUAAGUCUGAUAACAAGGUUACUGACAUUUUUAUAUUUUGUUAUGAGGUGUUGACUUCAGUGUUAUUUCUCCUCACCAAAGCAUUCCUAAUAAUGACUAAUUAACCAACAAACAAAGAGCUGCUGAUGAGAACAUAAGGCAAAACUCCAAAAUUUCCACUAGAUGGAGCAAUAUUUUAGUUAUACCAAAACUAAUUCCUCCUUUUAUCCAAGUCCAUAUACUACAUGUAUAGUUCUCAUUAGUUAGAAUGGAAUUUCAUUCUGAAAUAAAUUCCCUAAUCCAUCACCGGAUCUGAAAAUUCCACUUGAACACCCUUCCCAUCCUUUCUAGCAACUUGAACUCCAGUUUGGAGUCUGUAGACAGCUUGUCCUAUGGUUGUAAAAUCUUCCCCUUGCCAUCUGUUAUUUUUCUGUUCAUUCUUCUUGACACCUUUUAUCCUCAAGAUACAUGUAUUUAAUGUUAAUUAGAAUUUAAUCAGAAUCCUAAUGACUUCCUCACAGAAGUCUGUUCUCCUUUGAUAAAGCUUAAAAUACUAUUUAAAGUGGUUCUAGCCUGUACUUACUAGCAUUUCCCUGAACAGUCUCAGAGUAGCUUAAAUAUAAGAAAAGAAUCCUGUGACAUAAAGUACUGCAAGCAGAAAAGUAGAAAGGUAAGGUAUCAGAUGACUGAAAGAUGGGAUGUAUCAAAGCUGGAAGAGAACUCAGGACCCUUGGGGAAGCAACCACUGUACCUAGCAUUUGGGUGAUAAAUCAUGAAAAAGGAAAAAUAAUAGAACCUUGACUACAUAAGUUCAAAAUACAAAUCAAGUGGUGAAUGCUGGUCAGAGCCAACCUGAAACUGAUAGGAUUUCAAGAUGAGAAUGAGAAAAAUGUCAAAUUAAUUUAAAUUACAUUUUAUAGUAUCUUAUGUUAGACUAUCUUUUAGGAUUCAAGUACCCUAAUUAUUCCCACUCAAGUGAACAGUUAAAUUUAGGAUUAAUUCUAUAACAUCUGAUUCACUAAUUCCCCCAUCAAACACUCCUGUGACACCCCUCUUCUAUGUCACUUUUUAUUGACACGUGGUUAUAGAAAUUAUGAGACUUACCCUGUUGGAAUUUUCAUCUACCUAAUAUUUGGGUUUUGGAAACUAACCAGCAAAAAGAUAGAAUAUUAUCUUAUUCUCUUGAUUAAAAACCUGAGUAUCCCUUAGAAUUUUAUAUAAACCUUUUUAUUUUAGGAGCACAUUUUUGUUUUGUUGUUUUUCCUUAAAAUGGUAGGGUAGAGGAGGACUUCAUGUGUCCUUGUAUUUAUUUGCACUCUCCUUCCUCUGGUUAGGAUGGUCAUUAAGGAAAGCAGUAAUAAGUGGCAAUGACACAGGACUGAGCUAGACUGAAGAGGUCAAUGGCACACACAGACACUUCCAUAGACCCACUACAAACUAUAUUGAUUUUUGGAUGCUGCUACUCAAGGUACAAAUUUACGCUCCAGUUUUGCUUUAUUUUAUUGUUUUUAAUUAUAAUUUUUCAUGGGUUACUUUAAAAUACCUUCCCUUUAAUUUCCAGGCAAUUAUAAAAAAAUAAAUCUCACUAAAGAUACCUUUUAAUGGUAUAUAUUAAUUAUAUUUGGAGGUGGGGGACCAAAUCUAAUUUUCUGGAUAAGAGAAACCAAAAGAUUUUCAAUACGAAGGAUGCCAAGUUGAUAAUUUCCAAACCUUUUGCUACUCUUGAUUAUUCUGGCCCCAUGCCUCUCAGCAACUCCUCUAUUCAAUCAUUAGAUCCUGUCCCAAGGAACCAUGGGCCCUCUCAUGGUUAGGGAGGUAAACCUGACUGAAGUGUUUUGCUUAAUACUGGUUACAGCUGUGGCUGGAGAAACGUUUAUAAUCUAAAGUACCUUGUUAUUUUGUGGAUUUUAAUUAUCCAUCCUGUCUAAUCGUGUUCUCUGUUAUCCUAGGUAAGGAAGUGUUUGUGGGAGCAGAGCUCCACACACAGCAGAGGGCAUAAUAAAUGUUUGCACUUGGCUCAGUGUAUUAUGAAUGUGGCACAGUAAAUAAAGUUUGUGUACAAAGUAUUAGUUUAUUUCUAAGAGAGCCAUUAUGUUCAGGAUAUACAAAAUGUAUCUAAUUAAACCAUUAUGAAUCUAUUUUGUGCUUUAGAAAUGUUCUUUUGGGGGAAAUAUGGAAAAUAUGUGCCAGUGGAAUUAAGAUUUAAAGCAUUGGGGUUUUUUGUUUUCCAGUUAUUGAAAGUAUUACAUAUCAAACCAGCACGAGAGCCUCUAACUUAAUUGAAUUUAUUUUGUAAAAAUACUUUUAAACUGCACAUUGCAUGAGUCUUUCUCUUAAACAGAACCUUAAUUUCAAUACAUAAUUUUAAGAGUGUACACCUACAGAGUUGUAAGAUCUUUUUUUGCAGCCUCUGCUUUUAGAGAAAAGGGCAAAUUGUGUGAGACAGACUUACCAUUAAUUCUUUCAAACUGAGAUCUAAAGAAUUAAUUAUUUAAAAAUUGCUGUGAUUAACCAGCCUGCCCAAGAUCUUAAGCAAAGAGGGCUUCAUGAUUAAGUCAGCUUGCAGGUGGCUCAAGUUGGAAACACAACUUAACCUGUCACAUCCAGCCUUUUGUUUCCAAAACACUGACUUACCUUGUUGUCUCCAACCUUCUGGUCCUAGCAUAGUAAAGGAUGUACACAUACAUAUCUGUUCUUAUGCACUGUCAUUAAGUGUUUGUGAAAUAUACAGUAUUUGUGCAUAAUUUUGGAAUCGGUAUUGGAAACCACUAAAUGUCCCGUUGAACACUAUUAAUUGUUCCUGAAUUAAAAAUUACCCGUAUAGUUAGUUGUUACUUUGAUACUUCCAUAUUGGUAGGAAAAAAUGCAAAACAAAAGUGUUCUUGUUUUCUGCAAAUUUUGUUUCUAGCCUAUGCAUUUCUUUUAAAUAUUAGUUGUAGAGAGAAAUUUUAUAAAACAAGAUACAAUGCUAUUUCGUUUCCACCUGUUUCUUCUAACCCUUUUGUUUACUAGGGCAGGCAGCUGAACUCUAUACUAUUAAAGAGGGAAUAAUGCCCAAACUGCUACUUCUUUCCUCUUAGGUACCACUCCCUCUAAUGGUUCUC